GCACUCAACAACAAGUGAAACUAAGAACACUGUGGAUCGAGCCUCUAUUCCAUCCACUAUGACUAUCUCUAUGUGGCGUUGAGGCGAGGCGCCUAGAGAUAGAAGCGGAAGUAAGGGCAGCUGAAGCCAUGAGGGGGCGUGGCCAGAGGGACCCCUUUGCCCACUCUCAAGAUGGAGGAGCCCAGCAUGCGGGAGAUGGAGAGCAGCAGCAGCAGCUCUAGCAACAGCAGCAGCGAUGAGGAGGAGGCAGCAGACGAUGUAGAGAUGAAGGAGGAUGGCCAAGAGGAAAAGAAGGAGCGGGAGAAGGGCCGAGGAGGGGCCUAUGUCCCAGGCCAAGGGCCCCCUCCAGCUGCUGGGGAGGAGCUGAUCAUGGACGAGGGCGCCUACCGCCUCUACCAUCGGGCAGGGACUGGUGCUCCUUGUUUGAGCUUUGACAUUUUACAUGAUGCCCUUGGAGAGAAUCGAACCACUUACCCACUGAGUCUUCUCCUCUGUGCUGGAACUCAAGCAGAAAGUGCCCAGGCCAAUAGGUUGAUGGUAAUGAAGAUGCAUAACCUCCAUGGGACCAAACAAGCUACCAAAGAUACUUUGGGAUCAGAAAGCAGCAGUGAUAGUGAUGAAGAUGAAGACAAUGAAGAAAAGAAACCACAACUGGAAUUAGCCAUGGUUCCCCACUAUGGGGGUAUCAACAGAGUUCGGGUGACAGAACUGGGAGACUCACCUAUAGCUGCUGUUUGGUCUGAGAAGGGGCAGGUGAACAUCUAUGAUCUACAGCGACCCCUGGCAGCAGUGUUUAACUCCCAAACCAUGGCGGUCUUCCUGAGAGAAGAGCAGGCCAAGAUCAAACCCAUCUUCUCAUUUGCUGGGCAUAUGACUGAGGGGUUUGCUAUGGAUUGGUCUCCCAAGAAACCAGGCACUCUUCUGACUGGUGAUUGCAACAAAAAUAUCCAUUUAUGGACACCCAGGGAAGAUGGUUCAUGGUUGGUAGACCAGCGGCCUUUCACUGCCCACACUGCAUCUGUGGAAGACCUACAGUGGUCCCCAAAUGAAGCUACAGUUUUUGCUUCCUGCUCAGCAGAUGCUACCAUCCGGAUCUGGGAUAUACGGGCAGCACCAGGGAAAGCUUGCAUGCUCACCACCAGCCAGGCACAUGAUGCAGAUGUCAAUGUGAUCAGCUGGAACCGAAAUGAACCUUUUAUUGUGAGCGGUGGUGAUGAUGGAGCCCUUAAGAUCUGGGACCUGAGGCAGUUUCAGAAAGGGUCAGCUGUAGCCACCUUCAAGCAGCACACAGCACCUAUCACAUCUGUUGAAUGGCACCCUACAGACAGUGGUGUAUUUGCAGCUUCUGGUGCUGAUGAUCAGGUGACUCAGUGGGACUUGGCUGUGGAGCGAGAUGAGGAAAGUGAAACUGAGGACCCAGCUUUGGCCUCCAUCCCACCCCAGCUGCUGUUUGUUCACCAAGGAGAGAAUGAUAUUAAGGAGCUGCAUUGGCAUCCCCAGUGCCCUGGCACCCUCAUCACCACAGCCCUAUCUGGUUUCAACAUUUUUCGAACCAUCAGUGUCUGAGGGAAGGGUUAUGAAAAUGGCUGCCAUGUACAUAGCCUGUUCUUCACUCAUUUCAAAAUGGUUGCUACUUCUUUCCCCUUCAACUGAGAACUUUUUAAAAUUGUACCUUCAUUGACCUAAAUUAACUAAUAAUUUCUGCUUUUCAAAUAGAAAUCUGGCAUAGUCUUUUGAUGAGGUUAUCACCUUUUCCUGUCCUCCAGUCAAUGGGUGAUAACGAAUAGAGUAGCUGCUCUGUUUUAUCUAAACUAAUGUUCUUUCUCUUUUCCCUGUGAGCAACACAGAUGACUCAGGCUUCAUUUAGAUGCUACCAUUAUGCUAUCAGGGAAUAGAGUUCAGAGGAAAGUAGGACAAGGAAGGGGGGAAACUGCAUUCCUGCAGAAGUUCAACUAUACCUCCCACCAUCCCCCUUAGCAUCAUUAUUAGGUAGUGCACAAGUUCUGGAAGGCCAUAGCUUUCCUAUCCCUGGGAGUUUGUGUUGUGUACAGAACAGUCCAGUCUGUAUGAUUAGUACUUUUGAAUUGUCUAUGCAAAUUAUAGACUCUAGCAUGCUAACAGUGACAGCCAUUUUGCAACAAGGAGAGUUUAUAGUGUAUUUUGAAGAGGGUGUAUUUGAUUAAAUAUAAAUUAUUUUGGAAGAAAGAUUUAA